AUGGCCUUCUGCCUUUGCAAGAACCUCCCGGCGCACAUCGUCCUUCCUCGAGACGCGGCCGCCGCGACGCCGCGGGCCAGCGGGUCCCGCGCGAAGAAGAAGCCGUCGAACAAGGACGCGCCGGCGACGUCCGUGCCGGACCUCGUCGCCGCCGCCGCGGCCGACGCCGCCGCGGCCGGCGACGCGCCCGCGCCCGCGGCGACGCCCGCGGCCGACGGCGACGGCGCCGACGGCGCGAAGAAGCAGGAGAGCCGCGGCCGCGCCAAGAAGAAGGCCCGCGACGGCGCCGACGUCGCGGCGGCGCCGCCGUCGCUCGUGCUCAACAUGCCGCCGCCGCCGCUCGUCGCCGGCGCGAUGCCGCCGCCGCCGGACGGGUCGCCGCGCGACCGGUCGCGGACCCAGUCCCAGGAGGGCCUCGCGUUCGCGCCCGAGGGCCUGCCCCGCGCCGGCGACGCGACGGCCCAGUCCCUCGUGUCGCCCCUCGGCCACGACCUCGGCGCGCUCGACGGCGCGCCCGCCGCCGGCGCGCCGGCGCAGAUCGACGUCCGCGUGCUCAAGACGGGCCGCAUCGGCAAGAUUUUGGAGCGCCGCAAGGCCGGCUGGAUCUACGUCCAGCUCGACGCGAACCCCGACGAGGACGGCGAGGCCUUCAACCGCAAGACCUUCCGCUCCACGGACCUCGUCGAGUUCGACGAGGAGGGCCGCGAGAUCGUCAAGAAGACGGCCAAGAAGCCGCGCGCGGCGUCCGAGGCGAGCGUCGGCGGCGCCGCGCCGCGGAAGAAGCGGCACAAGAAGGCCAAGGCCGGCGACGCGCCCGCCGAGGCCGCGCCCGCGUCGCCCGUCGACGACGGCGCGACGGAGGACGGCGACGCCGCCAUGCCCCUCGCGCCGCCCGCGACGCCCGCGGUCGCGCCGCCCGCGGCCGAGAGCCCGGCCCGCGGCCGCCGCCGGUCCGAGUCCGGCGGCGGCGCGCCGCCGCGGCCGCGGAAGGACAGCGACGCCGGCGCGCCCGAGAGUGGGGCGCGCUUCCGCGUGUCCGUGGGCAAGCACGCGGGCCGCUGCGGCGUCGUCGUGAGCCGGAACGUGUCCUGGACCGAGUUUCGGCUCGACGGCGACGCGGCCACCGUCCCCGUGCGCAAGUGCUGGCUCGUGCGCGUCGGCGAGGUCGGCCCCGCGCCCGCGUCGCUCGAGCGCGCCAAGGUCGACGACUCCUCGCUCGUCAAGCGCCGCGUCCGCGCGGCCGGCUGUUUCACCCACGACCUCAACCCCACGCCCUACGACGGCGAGGUCGAGAGCCACGACGCGGCCACGAACACCUACGUCGUCUACUGGCCCGCCGACGACAGCGAUACCGUAUACACGGAGCGCCAGCUCCGCAGGGUCCUCGUCUGA